AUGGUGAUUAGGCACGGUGACUACUCUACGGGUUUAUAUACGGACCGCUCGGUUGAAGGAAUCGUAGUGUGUCCCCUUGGCAUCGUCAUGAAGUGGUUGGUCUUCUUCGGUCUCUGCGUGGCUGUCGCCCUGUCGUCGCCAUCUCCAGACGACGAUCAAGAUGACGACAUCUUGGACAAGGAAAGCCGAAGAUUCCAGACACUUAGUCUGAAACUUGUGGACGAACAUGAUGGCCAGAAACGUAACCGUGUGAAUGAUAACCUUCGAGAUGACCGCCGCAACCGAGAUGAUCUCGGCUCGCUGAGAGACGUAGUAAGGGACACAUAUGAAGUGGAGGCUUCCAAUAAGGUUGGCCCGAAGGACGUGUUGUUGGAUGAUGCAAAGAACUCGCAACUGGAUUUGCUCGCUAAGGAAUUGGAGCAGCUGUCAACGAAAUACCAAGGUCGCGGCGUCCUUAAAGUAGCAUACAGUCCGCCCAAACAGAGAAAUACCAGCUCGAAGCUUUACAAUCUGGGAAGCCUUCACUUCAAAUACGUUGCACCAGAAGAUAACUCAUACUCAUACCAAUACGGAUAUAACAACUACUACAACAAAGGCAGCGAUAACGUGUACGAAUACUACAAUGAUAAGGGAUACUAUAAGCGGCCAUACUACGGAGCCAAGGGCAAUUCCCGCAAUGACAAGGGAGCCCACACUCACGAGAAUGAAAAGGCUGCAGUAUACGAUCCCUCCAAGUACUCGCACCCCAACUAUUACAAGGGGACAUACAACUACGAUAACGACAAGUAUGUAUCCCAGUACUACAACAAGAACACCUACAACUACGACAGCGACAAGUCACCAUACUACUACUAUUAUAAUAACUACAAGUACAACAACCCCAACCCCUACUACGGUAGAGAAGAGAAGCUAUACAGCCCGUACGUUGUCAAGCGUCCUCAACCAAGCUACAAUGACCUGUAUUAUUCUGACCCCAGUUACAACUUGAACCAAUAUAAACCUGACUACUCUGGGAACGUGUAUAAUGCACAGGGAUACUUGCGGGAACGUCAAGACGACGAUGACGAUGACGACAACGAUCGCAAA